UUAAAGUGGGUAAAAGAAGAAGGAAAAAUAAAAAUACGAAAUAAUUGUUGAAUAUUAAAUUACAUCGCAUUUGUGUGUGAUUUGCGUCAAUGCAAUUCCUAUUACGAAUAGACUCUCCAGACUGCCAAUCACUCAACAAAAUCACUGCUCAGAUUACUUAUGGUUAAGUAAAGAUAACUGGAUAAAUAGGCUGAUUUUUCAAAUUUCUUCAGUAUUAUUAUUUUCAAUAUGAUUGUGAAGGAUAUAUUUUGGCUGGCGUUUGCGGUAAGCACCUUAAUCCAUGCGGUGUUUGCUGAUAUUGACUUCUUCUCGUGUGGCGGAUCUCGAGUCAGAUAUGUCUAUAUCAGGGAUUGUCUGCAAACACCGUGCGCAAUCCGAAUGGGAGACACCAUUCAAGCUCAUAUUAUUCCUGAGAAUAUUGAUACUCCGGUGCUUCAAACGAACGUUGAAGCAGGCUUGAUUCAAGUUGGGGCGUAUUUUGCCCAAACUGCCGUGUGCCUGAAUCCAUGCAUUUCUUCUUGCACUUUAACGCCUGCAGCUGAAACUUCGGCCGAACCAAGCGAACCCAAGUUUGACUUAAAUAUCACCAUCUCCAACUCUCUUAUACAACUGCCUUCGACUCUGCGAAUCAACACCAGAUACAUUGACUAUCUUGGGCAAAGUUCCCGGUUUUGCAUCGAAGUUUCAACCACAGUAAUUCGCUGAUUUGCCUGCAGAUCCCCAGCUACAUGGAGUGUAUGGGGGAUUAACAUAUUUUGUAUUAAUUACAAUUAAACGAUUGAAACCAGUGAAA